UGAGAUUCUGUGUGUAGUGAACUCGAGGAUCGGCUUGGUGUGACAGAACUCAGAAGUAGUGGGCACGAAACCGUCGUUACAGCACUUUACAGUACCCAAGAUACAACUAUUAGUUCAAGUCCCUGUUUGUGCAGAGGGUGAUCCGGGCACACGUCUUCUCUUUAUCUCGGCCCUGCUUUAGGAGCUCCCACCGACGUUGCCCGUGUCACAGUGCAAGCGGCGUUUGUUUGUUGUCUUCUGGGUUCUAUUAUUGGUGAUAGAUCCUAAUAAUUAUAAUAAUAAUAGGAAGCACCAUCCAUCCAGGGCGUUUGUUGUAGUUCCAGAAAGCUACAGCCAGUACAGGAUGUGUGGAAGCAUGACUGCAUGUGGCUGGUUGUGGGCCACCAUAUCCAUCGCAGCAGCCGGAGCAGCCUGCACGUCUUUCUACUGGGCCGACUGGGUCCACGGACAAACUCGCCUGCCUUACAGCGUCGGACAGAACGCUACGUUUCGCUUUGGCCUGUUCCGCCGCUGCAACUACAUCCAGGUGAACCAAAGUAGCACUUCUCUCAACCAGGAGGUUACGCUGCGCACAGAGUGUGGCCGGUAUCAGAAUUUCGAUGAUAUCCCUAGUGUUUAUUGGCAAACGAGUACGGUGCUGUUUGGUGUAGCGGCGGGCCUGCUAGUGUUGGUGGCGCUAACAGCGUUCUUCGCACUGUUCUUGGAAGAUGUGUGCAACAAAACUCUGUCCAGAGCUGCUGGUGUUCUGCAAGGUGUAGCAGCAUUGAGCAUGGCAGUGACACUCUUCCUGUAUCCCGUCGGUUGGGAUGCCGAGUCGGUGAAGGAUGAGGCGUGCGGGCCCGAUGCUGGCAGUUAUAAGCCGGGAUCAUGCUCGAUUGGCGUGGCAUUCUACAUCGGCAUCGGUGCAACAGUAGUUGCCAUACUAGCUACCGUUAUGUCGCCUCUAUCCCAGCGCAAGAAGACGAGAAGUGACUACGUGAUUUGAGUGCGCACGUCUACAAACGGCGAGAGCCUGUCUCUGUCGUGUCUCUGCCGUGUCUAAUUCUCUGGUUUCAUCGCAAGCACUAUCAGCAGCGCACAGGCUUGCAACAUUCUAUUCCACAGGCAAGAAUCAACUGAACUGCCCCAUGCUGUCACACCCAACCACACACCCACCACCACCUCGGCGUGUGUAACAACACAUCAUUCUAAGCUGAGAUAAUCCGCAUCCACACCGAUAUCUUAGAGCAGCAGCAGCACUACACUUCACACAUGGCGUGUGUGCAGAUAGAUCGGAUCGCCUUUAGACUUGCUGUUCACAGUCACAGAGGACACUUUAGCACUCUUCCACGUGCACCCACACUGCAUGAAACGGAGAGUAAUGCUUCUUCAGCUUGCUGGCGUAAUGACCAUUGCUAGCAUGCAUAUAGCCCGUACGCAACCAUUUUUUUCCGUACAUGCCAUCUCUUGAGCAUGAACCGCUUUCAACCGGCCUACGCACGACUUCAUUAUUAUUUAAAUUUCCCUUCCGGCUGCAAGAAAAACUAAACCCGCCCUCAUAGCUCAUGACAUCCGACCAAGACCAGUAUUUCACAUCGGAAAAUACUGACAGACAUAUCUUCAAAGUUCACCCGUUCACACCAGUUUUAGGUUUUGCUGACUUUCUCAUUCGCUGAGAAUUUUUCUUCAACUGUACAGCAUUCACUUGCAUGGAUUUCCUUGCUCUUCUUUCGACAUUGCUUUUCCAAACAAAAAUCUUUAUGAAAAAGUGGUACCAGAGCUGUUCUAUAAAUAUUGCUAUGACAAUUUUCAAAAAUAAAAGUACUAGUAGAUGA